UUGAGGUGGGCCGGAGAAAGGGAACAGGAAGGGGGUGGGCUGGUGGCGGGGAGGAACGGGAACGAUCACGGUGUGCGCCCGUUGGUGGGGCACGCAGCAACAACGGCAGCAGUAGCAGCAGCAGCAGCAGCAACAGCAGCAGCAACAACCAGGCAAGCUUUUCGGGGGCUUCGAGUGCUCGAGCGGUCCAUCGAUCGGAUCACAAUUGUUUUGACUAUGGCGUGUUUAAGUUCGUCCAAUCGGGCCUGUGCCCGCGUUGUGCAGGAGAAACUGUGUCAGUUAGUUGCGGUCUCGAAGAGCCAGCUCGGGCAUCAGCAGCAACAGCAGCUGGACCUGUUGCUGCAUGCCCCCGGCCCAGUGGCCAAUACCGUUGUAAAUGGUGUCGGUGGCGGUGUCGGCGGUGGUGGAGGUGGCGGUGGCGGUGGCGGCGGCGGUGGUAACCUGCCGAUGGGUACCGCCGGAAAACGGACCUUUCUGCUGUCGUCCGGGUUCGCGUACCCGCUGUUCGGUGGCGGCCCAGCCGGAUCUGGGACGCCGCUGGUGACGGCCGUGGCGCACAGUGUCGGUGGUUCGAUUGGCAUCGCACGGAGCUUCUAUACCGGUCGCGGCAACUUCAUUCAACCUUCUUCAGUCGCCCUCGGAUCGGCCAGAUCCGUCCGAGUUCCAGUCGCUGCGCCGCUGUUCGAACGGAACCAGAAAUGCAGUUCAACCGCGAACUUGCAUCCUUGUAUGCGAGGGUACAGCUCCGUGCACACACAGCAACCGGCCGGACCGAUACGGGAAUACAACAUCGACCCAUACAUACUGCUGGAGGACGAGCUGAAAUACAUCUUCGAGGACAUCAGGCAGGAAAUCAGUCGCGCGACAAAUCACCAGGAGCUGAACAAAAUAGCCGUAUACUACUUCGAUGGACAGGGCAAAGCUUUCCGACCGAUGGUGGCAAUACUGAUGGCAAAGGCACUGAACUAUCAUAUGCACAACGAAAACAGCAACAUAGUGAACGCUCAGCGACAGAUAGCAAUGAUUUCGGAGAUGAUUCACACCGCCAGCUUAGUGCACGAUGACGUUAUCGACCAGUCGUUUGCUAGGCGAGGUAAACCGAGUGUCAACGUACUGUGGAAUCACAAAAAGGUGACGCAGGCCGGUGACUACAUCCUUGCCGUUGCCUCGAUGCUGCUGGCCCGCCUGAAGCAGGACGAAGUGACACACAUCCUCAGUCAGGUUCUAACAGAUUUGGUACAGGGCGAGUUCAUGCAGCUUGGCUCGAAGGAAACAGAGAACGAGCGCUUUGCGCACUAUUUCACCAAGACGUACCGGAAGACAGCAUCGUUAAUAGCAAACAGUUUGAAGGCGGUUGCGGUACUGUCCGGUGCGGAUGAACAAAUGGCCGAACUAAGCUUCCAAUACGGACGCAACCUUGGGCUCGCCUUCCAGUUCGUGGACGAUCUGCUGGACUUUGUGUCGAGCUCGGAAGCGAUGGGUAAACCGGCGGCGGCCGAUCUAAAGCUUGGGCUUGCCACCGCUCCGGUGCUGUUCGCCUGCGAGAAGUUCCCCGAGCUGAACCCAAUGAUAUUGCGCCGCUUCCGCGAACCGGGUGACGUUGAGCGAGCGUACGAGCUGGUCCACCAAUCGCAAGGGCUCGAGCAGACCCGCUUCCUUGCCCGCAAACACUGCAUCGAGGCGCUCCGGCUGGCGUCCCAGAUUAGUGAAUCACCGUACCAGAAGGGUCUGAUUGUUGUCGGUGACUUUGUGCUCAACCGGAUGAAGUAGAACGUCGGUGAACGCUACCGUCACAAUUGCCACCUUCCGGCGAGUGACCGUUGACGGAGGAAACCAAUUUUCCCAAUCGUAUCGACGACAGAGACCAAGCGCGAACAAUAAUUUGUCGCUGGAAAGCGCUUCCCUCGUAUAUACACAGACAGGACAGAAUGACAUACACACACAUAUAACCACACACACAAUCGGACGCUCACAUACUGCUAAACAAAGCUUACUAAUGGGGGUUCACACCGAAGACAACACACACGGGGAAGGGUUGUGGAAAAACAAACAGCAAGUUUUUCGAUAAAUGCACACCAUCACGCCUCAGGUAUUGUGUAAUCGAAGGCAACAUGCAGUGUUAAGCAUGUUAUACAAAAAGACAUCACUUUAUGAUCGGGUAGGAAAAAUAUUACACUCACCUGUAAUAUCGCCUACGAUCUGGUUCGUAUGUGUGUGUGUGUUGUGUGUGCGUGUGUCUUGAUGAAUUCCAAAAUGAUUGCCAGUCGAAUCAGAAGGUAGAAAUCAUAAAUUUACAUCAUGCAACCCCUUUUAGUUCCCCCUCCUCCCCCAUACCUCCUUCCCAGUUAGGAAUACGCAACAUCAUCAUCAACGGUAGUCGUUAGUGUACUAAUAUAUAUAUAUAUAUAUAAAUGUAUAUGUAUAUUAGCGUACAUGGUUAUUUGCUUUAGUAACGUACGUCAAACAAAAACACAAAACAAACAAAACAAACAAAACAAACUGAUACACCACGAUGCACAAUGUCGAACACGGGCAUGAAGAUUACAUUAGAAAAGAAAAUCUAUUACACUUCUUCUUCAGGUGAUGGUUGCUAAGUGAGAUACGUUUGUGCUAGUAUUAGCAGCUUCGGUUGUGUGUUUUCGCUUAGAGCAGUAGCAACCGUUGCGUCGUGCUCGAACCCUUUUUCAAUUAUGUUUGUUUUGUGUUCUUUUUAAGCAAGUUUAAGCAAACUAUGUUUAAUUUCCAUUUUUUUUGGCAUAAGGUGUUGUGUGUCGUACAAACAUCAAGCAAACAAAACUGUAACAAAAGCUGAUCGUAGGGUUCUAGCAAAUAUUAUCGUGUGCGUAUGCGUGUAUGUAUACACCAGUAAAGGUGGAGACGAGACACGGGGGAGAGGGGGAAUGGAUGGGGCGAAAUGGUAGCAGGUUAUAACUAUGUGUUACUUUACGUUAUUAACCAAUCCUGUUGCGUGUGUUCGGAUAAGUGAGCAUAAUGAUUUAUCGUUUGUUUUUUUUUAUUGUUUUAUCUACUGUUUGUUUUGCAGUGUUGCAACCUUUUCCUAGCAGAAGGGUUGAAGAGUUAUUCUAGUGAUGGGCAAUAGUAACCGACGUGCAAUGAUUGAUUUUAAACCCGGCUCUAAAGCAAUCCGGCGCACUCUGUGUGGGUAAUCCAAGCAAUAAUUAUGAAAUGAACAAGAAAACAAAGACAAAAAGAAAGCAGAUAAACAGAAAAUAUUACAACUUGAUUUGCUUAACCUCUCGUACUAUUUGUUGCUGGUAGAGAUUUGUUAGGGACCACGAAGGACAUAACCUAUUUUUUGCAUUACCAAAAAAAAAAACAACAACAAAAAGAUAACAAACUGUUCACCUUGUAUAACGUUUUUUUGCUUUAUUUAUUCACCUACACAGACAUCCGCACAUUUCUUACUUGCUGUACAGUAAAAAAAGGGGGGUAUUAAAAAUCAUUAGAUGUUUCGCAUCAUAUAUGCACACACUACAAAGAACACACAAGCGAACAAACAAAAAAUAUCAACACGUGUCCCAACGACACACACUGAAACAAAUGUGUCAAAUAGGCUAGUUAAGUUGUGUUGCACGCAUUGGCAAAAAAAAACCUCGACACAACACCACUGUUGCGCCUUCCGCGGCUACCACCUGGGGGUGGGGAUCUUUGUACAUAGGCAACCCAAUCUGCAGCCUCCACCCGAGAAAAGGUUCCAUGCUUGCCCAUUGAAAAAUAUUUAAAAAGAACACGUAUAUAGAAAAAUGCAAGAUUUGUAAACAAUUGAACAGGCGGUCAAAUGUUAGCACAAAUCGAACACACGAACUAAAGUGAUCGAAACGAACGCCAGUUUUGCAAGCAGGGAACUGGUUGUUGGUGGUGGUGUUUGCUGAGCUUGUUUCUUCCGUCUUUCUCUUUUUCUCCCUUCUGUUUAGUUGUGCUCAGUUUCGAGAAGGUGCAACAGUGUAGCGUUUGUAACAAGGGUGAUGGUAGUAGCUUAGUAAGAAACUCAACCACAGAUAAGAGACAUAAAUGGCCGAACCGUAAAGAUAGACGACGGUUUCGGGGUUAUAGGGUAAAUAGGAACGAGAUGCUUUGUGUACGGUUUAGUUGUGUAAGCUGCUUGUCUUAGUGGCAACAUACUAAUUUUACAUUUACUAUUUACUCCUGAUCCAUAUCGAUGUAAGUCUGCUCAAUUACGUUAUAAUUCUUUUCUUGCUGUUUUUUGUGGUUUUUGUGUGUUUUCAUUUUUAAACCAUGUUGCGUAGAUACACACUACAAAUACAAAACGUACACAGUAUCGGGUAACACAAUCGGGAACGAAAUGAAGCGUCCAUUCCUUUGAGAUGGACGGUGUUCUAUCAGACCACGGUAAACAAGAUUUCGGGAUACCCUUAUUGUACAUAGUAUCGAAUAUAUAAUGUGCCUUGUAUAGCACACCAAGGGCGAAAGCAAAACGUAUCCGUGCCCUCACACAGAGAAAAACAUACAUACACACACACACACACACACAUAUAUAUAUAGAUAUACCUUCACAACAAAUAUUUUCAUAUUAACUUUCGGUUCUCGUCUGUCUGAAUGGGUUUAUAAAGACCAUCUGUUGAAGGAUUCUGGACCGCAACAUAGCCCAAUUCGGUUGUCGCAAUGUUUGACUUUGAUAAGUAUCUAAGUAAACCAGAUAAUCAAUGAGAUGCAGUUUACCGAUUGCUUAACAGUGGGUACGCAUAGGGUCCUUACCUUUUUUUUAAAAUCGUUUCGUGAACGUUCUUUGAUUUAAUACAUGCACACAAAGAUUUUAAUAGGAAGGAAGAGAAUGCAACCAACCACAAACACUCACCCAGAAUACCUGCAAUAAUAAAAUGUUUAGUGUAUCAUAGGUCAAUGUUUACGGCGCGGGUAGACUAAUUAAUAGAGCAAAAGUAUGUUAAACAUAACAGCAGGAUGAAACAAGAGAAAAAAAAACUUUCGAAAAGUUUUUUUUUCACUUCUGUUUAGUGUCUUCCGAUUUAAAAUGUAUAUGCAUAUGUGCACUGUUCUGUUUCCAACUGGCAAUUAAAUAUAAAAAAAUGGUUUAAAUUGUAAAUGAGAUAAACUAACAAAAAACGUAAGCGUACACAAGUAAACGCUGAAGAAAAUACAUUACAAAAUUUGUGCACACAUCACACAUGUCCCUAUUGGUAAGGAGGCACGAAAGCAAACAAAUGUGUGUGUAUGUGUGCAUAUACAUACUCCAAAACACCCAAGCGCAAGCAUCAAGCAAAUCAGGCAGAUGUGAAUAAAAAAAAUCGCGCACGAAUCAGACAAACACACAAAUAUCUAUAUGAACAAUUAGUCGCACGGUGUAAGAAGGGAAGGGGUUGUAGGAAAAAAAAGUUUGUUUGUUUGUCUUUUUUUUUUGUUUGAUUGAAAUAGAUUGAUAAGAAGGAAAAAACACAUCGUUCAUAUAUAUACACACACACACGAUACAUACAUCAUCAAAUCACAAAUCACACAAAUGCCUUGUGCUCGAAAGUCAAAAAGCGUGUGGGUGGUUUUUGGAUAGGGGAAAGUGAAGGAAACUGAUCAAACAGGCAAAUGGAGGCAGUGGAAACAACAACGAUGGUGUAGUGUCUCGUAAAACCCGAAAAAGAACCAUUAGAAAAAGGAUUGUUUGAGAAAAAUUAAUGUCGACAAACAGAAACAAAACAAAAAAUGGCGCCGAAGGGGUUAAUCAGGGAUGGAAGGAGUGGGUGAGCAAAAUUUGAAAGGUUCACCAACCAAUAAUGUCAAAUCAUUCGAAAAGCGCUAGAGAGAGAGACGGAUUUUAAAAGAGAUGUAUACAAGAAGAGAAAAACUGUGUAGAGGAAGGACAGUAGAGAGGCGGGGGGAAGGGGGUAGAAGGAGUGCUCUGUUAGAGGAUGAGCGUGUAUAUUUACUAAAGCAACUAAAUGGAGACGCACGCGUAAAGCUGUGCUGCGCACGGUUUAAAACCGGUUAGGAAAGCGAGCGGACACAGGACGAAUGGAGCGAAACCAACGAAGGAAAGGAAAGAUGGGUAACGAAUGGAACAUGAAUGUAUCCCGUUUUUUGUGAGCAUGUUUUCCGUACAUAAUAUAUAUAUAUACAUAUACAAUAAAUAUACAAACAUAUGCUACACUGACGUGUGUAUGGUUGGCAAGAGGAAAGGAAGGGAGUGGGAACGUAAACGAGACAAACAAUAAAUAUAAAAUCAGUCACGUGGUGUUAA